GCUCAACGUUCAAGUCUGAAUUUGAACUCCUGGGGAGGUGGAGCCUGCCCACUGUUCCGUGUCGCUGUUCGCUGAGGCUAUUAUAUCGACGAUACUGGUUAAUCGUGCAUCCCAGACUGGUUGCUGAGGCUCUCCGUUAUUUGUUUCGCUUUGCUCUUUGUCGAGCCGUGGUUAUAUACCGGUCCAUACAUUCCAAGGAAGCUCGAGGCAUAGUCCUGGAUGUGUAUACAUAUCGCCGUCACAUCUC